CGUGUUAUUAAUGUUGACCAACGUAGAAAAAAUGAAGACUUCAAACUACAUUUCCUACCCCAAAAGUUUUCAUACCAAUGAACCCUUUAAAGCGACUAGCACUGUGACCCGUAGACCUGAAGACAUCUGAGUCAGAGAAGAUGAUGACAAUUUUUUAGUUGUAGAUGCGGAAGCGAGCAACCUGAAUAGGGAAACAGGAACAACCAGAAACACAACUGAAGUCCUGCAUUGAUACCAAGUAAAUCAGACCACUGGGAUAUGAACCCACUCCCCCUGUAAUGCACGGGAAUGCAAUGAUGGAAAUGCCAUACAGUGACAGAUAUAAACAGAUGCAACCCAACGGCAGUUCCUACAGCCCAGCCGCCCUUGGCACAAUGGGCGCCAUGUACUACCUCCACCAACACGCCCAGCAAUUAUACCCAAACCACCCUCCUUCUGUACCAGCUCUGACCUUCGCAGAACGUCUAGCCGAUUUUAUUCUUGAGGCCCGUUACGGAACGCACAGGAAGCAACGGCGCAGUCGCACCGCGUUCACCAAUCAGCAGCUCGCUGCACUGGAGAAAACAUUUUCCAAGACACAUUACCCGGAUGUAGUCAUGCGGGAGAGACUAGCAAUGUGCACAAAUCUACCAGAGGCACGAAUUCAGGUUUGGUUUAAAAACCGUCGGGCUAAAUUCCGAAAGCAGCAACGCUGCAAGUCUUUGGAUGACAAAGAAGAAGGUGCUGAGACUAAAGAAGGUGAUUCUAAGGAAUCCUUAGCCACGAGCAAUGUACCAGACAAUACAGAAACCAGAGGUGUGGUUCCUGAUGCCAACGGACCCGUUGAAAGCGGUCUCGAGGCUCAAGAGGACCGGGACCUCUGCUCUAGUUCCUCGGUACAAGGCGAAGACGCAACCCAAGUGUACUUGGACUCCCAAAGUGAUGGAGAUAAAGUCUCAGAGGACGAGAAAGAAGAUGCUGGGGAUCAAGAAGAUGGGUUGGUCGUGAACGAAGACAUCGAGGAGGAGGGGCUAGAGGAGAGCCGGAGUGAUGUAGAGUCCGUGGACUCUAAAUCAAACCAAGACGUAGGAGGAGGGAGGGACGGGGAGGAUAAGCAAGACACACCCGCCUCUGAAGAUGGGAUGAGAGCCUCACCUAUACGGAGUGUUAGCGAGUCAAGUGAAGGGAACUGGUUGAUGGACUCAAUCCGAGGCUCAGCUCUCAGAGCCGGCCCAAGCCCAGCAAACGGCCUCCCUUAUAACUUCAUGGACGCCUGCCGCUCAAUACCCCACCAUCACCCCAUGGCCGCCCAGCCUAGCCCCCUGGACCUCCUGUGUAUGAUGCAGCGCCAUGUUCCGGGCCACCACCCAGGACUGCCUGCUCACAAUAUGUUCCGGCCACCAGUAGCGUUCCAGGGGCCAUUCCUACGAAUGGACAACCCAGCAGCGGGUCUUAUACCCGGAUUCCUCCCGUCGAUGUCCAUGCCUCCGGGUUGCAACUGGAAUAGGAUGAGAUUCAUACCCGGAAUGGGGUCCCCACCACCACCCCCACCCCCGCCACCAACGGCUGCCGCAGCAGCAGCAGCCGCAGUGGCAGCCUCGGCGGCCGGAUCAGCUGCUGGUGCAUCCCCUGAUGGAACCCCUCACUGUUCCAGCAUCGAUAGUCUACGGAUGCGAGCAAGACAACAUGCAGCAACAAUAGGAUUAAACCACUUGUGCUAAACGGGUAUUAAGUCGAUUAACCAGAACCCUAUAAUCCUAUAACAUAUCAAUCUUUCUAACCAACUACUACUCGGCAUUUGACAGAUUCGUAAAAAUUACUGCAAACCAUGAGGGCCCAAUUUCAUAGAGCUGCUUAAACACAGCAAUUUACAAAGCAUUAAACAAUUUUGUUUACUGGAUAGGGGUUACCAGAUAAAGAAUCAUGUUAUGUGGACAGUUUGUGACUGGUUCCCUGCUUAUUUUUGCUGAUACUUUCUGCUUAAGCAGCUUCAUGGACUUAAGCCUUGUUUCUAGGUAUCCCAAGACAAUUUACCAUACCUCAAGAGAAUAUAACUUAGCCAGCACCUUAGGCAAGAGCCUUUGACAAAACCUUAGUCAGAACCUCAAGUCAGAACCUAUUGCAAGGCAUACAAACAAUGUCGCCAUUUUGUAUAUACAAAAACUGCCUUACUACAGGGUUAAACUGUUAACACAAAUCUCCCCAUUUUUUUUGGUUUAACCCAUAUGAAGAUUAUGUAUAUAGUUUGUUUUUGGACAGCACAACAAAAGGGAGAACUAUGGGGGAAAAAAAAAGAAAAAAAUAAUCAUUCGUGUGUAAAUUAUUGUUGUUGUUUUUUCGGUGAGGGUAGGCAGUACUUUUGCAAACCGAGGUCGUCAAAUUCACGUUGAUGUGUAACUGCUUAACAAAAGAUGAUUCGAUAUUAUUCUGUACAAAUCCCCCACUCUAAAGGUGUUUGCUAAGUCUUGUUUAUUUGAUGUGGACGGUCCUACCUUUGCCUACACAAUAAAUUACCAAUUAUUCCGACGAGAACUGCAAUUAUGAUGUGCCACUUUCACAGAAAAUCUGAAAGAAGAAAUAAAUCAAACUUAAUUGUCACCCUGCAUGCUGUAAUCCAUAAAGAAUGAGUGAUUUAAAAAUGCUAUGGGAAACGUCUUUAGAAAUUUCAGGAGGAAAGGGUUGAUAAUCCAAUUCAAGAAUAUAUUAUUUCUGUUUUACUUAAAAAAUAAAUUUUUAUUUAUGAUUUGUAUUGAGAUCAAUCGGAUUUUGAGGUCGGUUUUUCUUGGUUCUUGAUUGAAAAGGAAAUACCAAUAAGAUUAUAAACCUGUAUUUAUUGCCAUCUUCAAAUAAAGUAAACAAUUCUUUCUAAAAUAUAGGCGACAACUACCGGCAAAACCUUGAUCUAACAUUUUAAGUGCAUAGAAACCAUACAUGUUGUAAAUAUUGAUUUUUUUAUCGACAAAUUAACAUGUAGAAUUUAACAAGGGGAAUUGUGUUUUGUGUGUAUAUACGAAUAAUUGAAUAACGUAUUAUUUAUAUAGUGGUUUGAAAGAUACCACUCACUCUGUAAGUAAAAUCUCAUUUCACUUGUGAGUUGAUGUCAGUUCGCUUUAUGACAAUUUGGGUCGCUCUAGAUCACAGUUUUAGAAAAGAAGAAAGUGUAACUGUCACUUGUUAACAUUUGUUUUCAUAUUGAAAUCUUAAAAUCUUAAUUUUAUACUUUUAAGACACAGAGGUUUGUUUGGUAUUAGCUGCUUUGUUUUCUUUCAUAAUUUUUUGGGUAAUUUUACUAUAAUUUCACAGUAUAGUUAUCUUGCUUUUCGCAAUAUUUAAACUUUGCUGUAUUGAAUCCUCUUUUUCUUCUACUCAAUAUUAACCAACGAUCAUUUACAUAUGACUUACUGUUCACUCUCAUUUCUAACUCUCGCAUUGAACAAAUCUUGAUGAAACAUCCCCACCUCGAAAUAUUCACGAGCAAGCAAAGAAAGAUGACACUUUAUCCACUUUCAGUGAAUUAAAUAAAUAUACGUAAUGUUAUUAAGAAAUAGCGCCACCAUGCACCCCAAACCAGCCCGUGAGUUUAUUUCACACUACGGUAUUCGUGUGUUGCACUUGGGCGUUUAAGAAAUCCAUUCACAAGGAGCAUAUUAAAUUGUUGUGCCAUUGCUUUCUUUUCCACUUGUAUCUUUUCAAAUGACUAAUCUGCGAUGGCCCUAUCGACCUUUAUCACAAUGUGGCCAUCUUUAUUUUACUCCAUUCCAACUCAUUGUAACCAAACUGAGGCUGGACGAAAUAAUAGUCUGGUGCCAUGUUUGCGCAAU